AUGUCGGGGCGGGGCUGCUGGCCAGGGUCCAGUCGGUGGCAGAGAGGCGGGGCGGGGUGGCGGCACCGGGGAGGAAGCCCCCAGCCGCAGUGCCUGACCGGGCUUCGCAGGGGCGGCGGCGUGGGCGAGUCGGGCGUCCAGCCGCCAUCCCUGCCGGACCGGACACUGCGGCGGCUGAGGGCAGCCGGGCCUGCGGUUCUGGGCCCCGGCCACCGCAGUUGGAGCCAGGGCGCCUGCCCAGCCGGCCGGCCGGUGGGUGACUGCGGCUUCCCGCUGCCGGUGGUCCCCAACGCGAAGCCCAACCUGGGGGGGCUCUCGAGUUUCCCCGAGAAGGAAACGGUCACCUACACGUGCGACACCGGCUUCGUCAAGGUGCCGGGCCUGCCGGACUCCACCGUGUGCGAAGGGACCCAGUGGUCAGAACUGCUGGACUUCUGCAACCGGAGCUGUGACGUCCCCCCACGGCUGCUGUUUGCGUCGCUCAAUAAGUCUUUCAGCAGCCAGAACUACUUCCCGGCCGGCUCCAGGGUGCAGUAUGAGUGUCGUCCAGGCUAUCGCAGGGACCCCACGCUGUCCCCAUGGCUCACCUGCCUGUCCAACUACUCGUGGUCCGAGCCGCAGGAGUUCUGCAAGAAAAAGUCCUGUCCGAACCCGGGAGAAAUACAGAACGGUCACGUCACCAUAACAACCGACAUCCUGUUCGGCUCGUCCAUCUCCUUCUCCUGCGACACAGGGUACAGGCUAGAAGGGGCGACGUCCAGCUACUGCAUACUCAGAGACAACACCGUCCAGUGGAGCCAGCCGCUGCCGGAAUGCGUAGGAAUCCACUGUCCGGAGCCUCCGCACACCGACAACGGGUUCGUGCUGAACCCCAGUAGCAGCUACGUGUACCAGCAGUCCGUGACCUACAGGUGCAGCAAAGGCUUCGAGAUGGUGGGCGCCAGCUCCAUCUUCUGCACCGUGAAGGACGACGAGGGCGUCUGGAGUGGGCCGGCCCCCGAGUGCAGAGACAAUUCUCAGACACCCAAAGUCACACCGGCUGGUCAGGAAACCACGUCCACGAAGGCCCCCGGGACCACGCCCAAGCCCACGGCCCACAGGCCCACGAGCGCCCCCGGGACCACGCCCAAGCCCACGGCCCACAGGCCCACCACAGCCAGUGUUGCCGGCACAAAGCCACAGUCGACGCACCAGAAACCCACCUCAGCCAGCACUGCAGGUACCAGGCCCAAACCGAGUCGUCAGAGGCCCAGCACAGUCAGUUCUUCCGCUACUGAGGCCCCGCUAGCGUCUCAUAGACCCACCACAACCCACCUCCACACGCGCUUCACAGACAAAGCCCAAGCUGACUCCUCACAGACCCGCUACAGCCUCUGA